AAAGCUCGGCCCAACUUUUCUCCGGACCCGAGCCGCUCGCGUAUGCCCUGCCCUCAUGAUUUGUAAACGGAAUCCCCAAAUUCCAAUUUGAAUGCUCGCUCGCUCAGUCCCUCUUUCAUUUUUACUCAUUCGCAUCUCUGUUGUUUAAUUUGAAGUUAACUUCCAUUGUUUGCUCCUCUAACGUUAAACAAGCCUUCAAUGGAGCGAAAGGGAAUGAACGGUACGAUGUCUCCCUGGAGCUCUGCCGAUUCAGGCGCCAAUCCUAGAUCGGCACCGCCGCCCCCCGACUACAGCAACCCCGCCGUACAGGAUGCACUGGAACACUUAGCAUCUAUUGAUUUGAUUGACCUUUGCAAGGAAGCAAAAGUUGAGCGCUGUAGGGCGACAAGGGAUCUGAGAAGCUGUGGGCGUGAUGUAAAGGAUGUGUUGAACUCAUGUGGGCAUGCCUCAUUGUGUGCGGAGUGCAGUCAGCGGUGUGAUGUUUGCCCAAUUUGUAGAAUCCCAAUACCAAAGACCAGUGAUAGGCUUCGACUCCGACUUUACUACGAGUGCAUACAGGCUGGGCUCAUUUCUAGGAGGCUCGAGGAGAGGUUUCAAGAGACAGAAGAUUUGGAGAAUGAAUCAAUUGCUGAUGUUGAACGUCUCUAUUCAAUUUUUGAUGUUGCUUUGGAGAAUGGCUUGACUUCUUUGAUUUGCCACUAUGUUACAGAUGUUUGCAUGGACGAAAAUGCUGUCUCUAGUGAUCCUGUCAUUGCUUUCUUGCUGGAUGAAGUGGUUGUCAAGGAUUGGUGCAAGCUGACAUUCAGAAGCAUCAUCAAGGAGCUCCAACAAAUAUAUAAUCUUGAAGUAGAAGAAAUGAAUUCUAGAUUGAGUUCACUUCUUAAAUUUUCGGUACAUCUGGCUGGCAUAUCCAACAUACUUGAAGUUCUGGGGGCUUCUUUUAAGAAUUCUAUUUCAGCAAAGCUUGAUGAUUUGCAGCAUCUCCACGAGAGCAUAUUAAAGACAAAGCAGCAUAUCGAGAUCAUGAUGUGGUGCAUAAGACAUCAUUUUUUGGAGAAUGUGAGGUCUCGCUAUACUAACUUUGAAUCAUGGGAAUCUCUUGUCCGUGAGAGGAAAUCAGCUGCCAUAAAACGUUCGUGGUAUGAUGCAGUAAGCCAUGCAGAAGAGCCUGAUAGAAGGGAAGGUUCCCUGUUCAUUGAAGAUGCUCUGGUGAAUCUUGAGGUAGACCUGGGGCAUGUGCAGGAAAUGGGAGAGGAAUCAGCUCUUGCUGUCCUGCAGAAAGAUGGGGACUCUUUAUUUUUGAGGUCUCAGAUAGAGGGAGUGUCGGGAUGCUAUCCUUUUGAAAAUCUUAGAGCAGCUGUUGACAUACUUUUUCUACAUGGGAGCUCUGAUUUGGUGAUCGCAAAGCAAGCAAUUUUUCUCUAUUACCUCUUUGAUCGACAUUAUACAUUGCAAGAUGAAGAAUGGAGAGACAUUGUCGAUGACUUUGCCGCCAACUUUGGUGUUUCUAGGCAUUUCUUACUUGAAUCUUUUGCAUUUUAUCUACUGGAUGACCACACAGAUAAAGCUCUGCAGGAAGCUUGUGACAUUCUUCCCGAGAUAUGUGGCCCAGCUACUCACCCUAAGAUUGCACAAGUUCUGUUAGAGAGGCAUAUGCCUGAGACUGCUCUCAUGGUCUUGCGAUGGUCUGGGCGUGAUGGUGGAUCACAGUUGGUUACUCUGGAUGAGGCUGUCACUGGUGUUCGGUUGAGGGUGGAGUGUGGACUUCUAACUGAAGCUUUUAUGCAUCAGAGAAUGCUCUGCACCAAAGUUAGAGAAAUGAAGCUGAAGUAUGCAUCAUCUGGUGACCCCUCCAAUGAAUUAAAAGAUGGUAGCAGGAGCUGGUUAGAAUGGAUGAACAUAUUGGUGACUGAAAUCUGUUGCCUCUGUAUCCGAAGGAAUUUGGUUGAUCGAAUCAUAGAAAUGCCUUGGAACUCAGAAGAGGAGAAAUAUCUCCAUGAAUGUUUGUUGAAUCAUGCUAUUGAUGACCCUUCAACUACAACAGGAAGUCUUCUUGUUGUGUUUUAUCUACAGCGCUACAGAUAUGUUGAGGCAUGCCAAGUUGAUCGUAAACUUCAAAGUGUGGAGCAGGACUUCAUCUCAAGGAAUUCAGCCACGGAGAUAGUUUCCAGAAUGACAUCAGUUAUCCACUGGAGAGCAGGGUUGGUUGACAAGUGUAUGAAGUUGUUGCCAGAAGUCCAGGAGCAUCAAGUGAAUGCUGGUGAAUCAACUGGGGUUGAUGUUGAUUAUGGUAAAGUGCCUGUAACAUCUGCUCUUUCCGAGCCUCAAGAACCAAAACCAAGCAGUCUAUUGAUUCCAUCUUCAAAUCAUUCCUCUCUUAUUCUACGAGGAGACCAUACUACUUCAUUGAAACUAUCAUCUUCUGCUAGUCCAAUUAGACAACAUUUGCCUGUCAGCAACCCACUUGAACUCCGCAGCUCUGGUUCUCCUUCAAUUCUUUAUGAAAGAUUAUUUACUGAUGAAGAAAGAGGUCUGAAGAAUGAAGUUGGCAUUGGCAAUAAUUUCAUGAACAAUGAAAUGUCUACCCCUGGACUUAAACGGUUUAGUCCUGUGAAUGUCACACCCUUCGCUGAUAUCAAGAAAAGUUCAUCAAGAGUUCUUCCAAGUAGCAAAUUUCGUGGCAUACCAUUCGAUAAACGCUCACCAUCAGUUGAAGAACCUGGCUCUCAAAGCAAAUUCCAAAGUACCAGUACUCCCUAUCCACGAAGAGUUGUGGCGAAUCUCGCGUCUACACCAAGCAGCAAUAAUGGCCUUCUAAAAGAUUCUGCACGCCCAAAUGCAUCUUCUAAAAAGGUUCAACUAGAUAAAGAUGAUAGACGCUGGAAUGUGGUCCCAGCAGAUGAUGCAACAGAUAUUUCAUGGAGCUAUGGCGAGAAGGGAUCUGCCGGUGAGGAUGGGAACGCAAAUGGUGGUCCAAGAUGGAGAUCUGAUGAAACCAGUGAUGAGGAGGAGGCUCAGAGUCUUGAGAGAGCCAUUGGUGUAGCUUCUCAUACAACUCCAAGAAGCAGAACAAGAAGAAGGUUCGCUCGAAGAUGAGGCUUGCAGUUUUCCCAUUUUUACUUCAAAAUUAUUUCUGAUAUUGUGUUCUCACACAACCCCCAAGUAAUGACAUUAAGGAGGAAAACUUCAAGGUGUAAGUGAGAGUCUCAUAACUUCCUUCAUGUGAUGGAUGCGCUUCUAAAGUUGCCACAUCUUGUGAAGUUAUUCAUAUGAGCAUACUUUCUUUCCAAUUAUAGUUUUUGUGUGUCCCUUUUGGACAUCUGAUAGCUUUUGGCCUGUUCUCUGUUCCUGCCAUCACAUUGGUAAAAUGCAGAUUAAAAGGAGUUGAAUGUAUCAACUCAGGAAGAACUGACCACGUUUUUGUAUUGUUUGAAGUAAUGCUGAAAUCUAGAGAAAGUCUAAUCAA